GCGGAUUCGGCUUUUCGCAUUCCCCGACCAAGAUGACCACGGUGCCAGACGACAUUGCGCAUGGGAGCCGAGCGGUGACGGAAGGCCUCAAGAAGAUGUACGUCUCCAAGAUCAAGCCUUUGGAGAAGAAAUACGCCUUCGACGAGUUUCACUCGCCACUGCUGAGUGAAGCCGACUUUGACGCCAAGCCGACGAUCCUCAUGAUUGGGCAGUACAGUGUCGGGAAGACGUCGUUCAUUGAGUACUUGCUGGGUGAAAAGUUUCCGGGAUCCCGCGUUGGCCCGGAACCAACGACGGAUCGAUUCUGUGCCGUCAUGUACGGCGACGAACAACGCAUUGUCCCUGGGAACGCCCUCGCGGUGUCGCCGGAUCUGCCGUACGGUGGGCUGAGCAUGUUUGGCACAUCGUUCUUGAACAAGUUCGAAGCAUCGCAGUUGCCGUGCAAACAACUUGAACACAUGACGGUCAUCGACACGCCCGGUAUCUUGUCCGGCGAGAAGCAGCGCAUCAGCCGUGGGUACGACUUUGUCCAAGUCGCCAAGUGGUUCGCCGAGCGUGCCGACAUGGUUCUCUUGCUGUUCGAUGCGCACAAGUUGGAUAUUUCGGAUGAAUUCCAGCGCGUGAUUGAGGUGCUCAAGGGCCACGACGACAAGAUUCGGUGUGUGCUAAACAAGUCGGACCAGAUCGACCAGCAAAAGCUCAUGCGGGUGUAUGGCGCGCUCAUGUGGUCGAUGGGCAAGGUCAUGAAGACACCAGAAGUCAUGCGGGUGUUCAUCGGGUCGUUCUGGGACCAACCGCUGAUGUACACGGAAAAUGCGGCGCUUUUCGAAAAGGAACGGAACGACUUGAUGAGCGAGUUGCGCAAGUUGCCGUCCAACUCGGCCGUCCGAAAGGUGAACGAGCUCGUGAAGCGCACGCGGCUGGCCAAGGUUCAUGCGUACUUGAUUGGGCACUUGAAGGAGCAGAUGCCGUUGAUGAUGGGCAAGGAAAAGAAGCAAGCCGAGUUGAUCGCAGCGCUGCCGUCCGUCUUCCGAGAAGUCCAAAAGAAAUACAACCUGCCGCCGGGCGACUUCCCCAACUUGGAGGAGUUCCAGAAGAAGCUGGAAGAACGCAAGUUUGACCUGUUCAGCAAACUCAACCUCAAGAUGAUCCAAGACGUGGACGAAUUGAUGGCUCGCGACAUCCCCAAGCUGAUGAUGUCGCUGCCGAAGAAGGACGGGUCCCGCGCCGACUCGAAGGAAGCGAUCAACCCGUUCUUGUCCAAGACGAUGGACUGGGCGGUGAAUCCAUUCAAGGAAGAGUUCGACACAAUCUUUCGCACCCUCACGGUCAACUCGAUGGGCGAGGCGAGCGGCAUGGCGUGCAUGACGCCCCUCCUUGCCACAGGGUGCUCGCAGGAGCAACUGAAACAGAUCUGGGAUCUCGCCGACGUCGACAAGGACGGGUUCCUGGACUCGGAAGAGUUUGCCGUCGCCAUGUACUUGUGCCAUCAAGUCCGCGACGGCCACGAGUUGCCGACGUCCCUUGGCGACCAUCUCAUUCCGCCCAGCUUCAAGCGUUAAGCCCAUCUUUCCUCUUGGCCGCGACAGAACGCGGGUAGUAAUUUCACCGUUUAUAACAAAGUCUAACGAGCGACCUGUGCGAGCCAUCCUCGCGCUUGGCUCCCCA